GCAUUUCAUUUCUUUCCUCACAGCAAGCUUGUUAGCACCUUCCAUUGUGACACUGAGAUAGCGACAGCUUAUUUCCUUUACUUAAAGCUGCUCUUAUGUGUCAGCUGUGCGGUUGUGCACUGUGAGCGCGUCGGUCAACAACGCCGCUUGACCGCUUGACUGCCGCUUUCGCUUACGGGCAUUUCCAAAGCUUCUGCUGAUUUCUUCUGCCUGCACCUUGUAUUUGUUGUGUUCAUCAGGAUCUAGCCUAUCUCUGCCUUGUUGAGUACAAAUAGCCCCAAGUACUGAUUGCUGCUGGUUUGCUCAGUCCAGAAUCUGGCCUCACAAAUGCAAUGAGUCUUGGUGAAUGCAUCACUGUUGCCAUAGUGGCAUGCCAGGCCCCUUCCAAGGUCGUCGGUCAGGUCAAGGUUGGCACGCAGUGCUGCCUGCCUCUGGCUGACAAGUCUGUCGGGUGCUCCCUAAGAGCACAGAAGGUGUCGAGGAGCAUGCAGACUGCAGAGGCUGUGGAUCAGUCCAGCUCCACCUCAGGGAGGCAUCAUGACUUCCCACCAACGGUCAAGCACGAGGAGUUGCAGCAGGGCCAACUCUACCAUUGUGACUGUUGCAACUAUGCGACUGCCAGGUUGUCCGCUCUCAUUGUACAUGAGUGCAGGUGCACAGCAUCAGGGCCUUCUAUUUCUCCAUCAACAGCCGAGGGUGACCAGGGAUGCCUCUGCAGCCGUCACCUCUGCGAACAUCAAACUAAAUAUCUGCAUGACCUCGAAAUGCACACCAGGAUUCAUACUUGCGAGGGUUCGUUUAAAUGCCAUUUGAGCCCUCAGAGCUUCUCGCAAAGGUCCAUCGUGGAAGGACAUCUGCGCACCCACACAUGCAAGAAGCCAUUUCAGUGCUCUUCGUGCCCUCAGAGUUUCUCACGAAAGACCACUUUGAACACACAUCUGCGCAUCCACACGGGUGAGCGUCCCUUUAAAUGCCAUUUCUGCCCUCAGAGCUUCUCACAAAGGUCCACCCUGGAAGGACACCUGCGCACCCACACAUGCGAGAAGCCAUUUCAGUGCCCUUCAUGCCCUCAGAGUUUCUCACGAAAGACCACUUUGAACACACAUCUGCGCAUCCACACGGGUGAGCGUCCGUUUAAAUGCCAUUUCUGCCCUCAGAGCUUCUCACAAAGGUCCACCCUAAAAGCACACCUGCGCACUCACACAUGCGAGAAGCCAUUUCGGUGCCCUUCGUGCCCACAGAGUUUCUCACAAAAGGCCAAUUUGAACACGCACCUGCGCAUCCACACGGGUGAGCGUCCGUUUAAAUGCCAAUUGUGCCCUCAGAGCUUCUCACAAAGGUCCACACUGACAGCACACCUGCGCACCCACACCGGCGAGAAGCCAUUUCAAUGCUCUUCGUGCCCUCAGAGUUUCUCACAAAAGACCAGUUUGAACUUACACCUGCAAAUCCACACAGGUGAAAAGCCAUUUUCCUGUCCCUCAUGCCCUAAGAAAUUUCGGAAUAGUGUAGAUUUUAACAGGCACCUGCGCAUCCACACAGGCACCUGCGCAUCCACACAGGCACCUGUGCAUCCCCACAGGUAAGAAGCUAUUUUAGUGCCCUUUUUGCCUCGGAGUUUCUCAUACAGAACCAGUUUGAACAUACACCUGAAAAUCCACACAGGCAAAAAGCCAUUUCACUGUCCCUUGCGCCCUAAGACAUUCCGGAAUAGUGUAGAUUUUAACAGGUACCUGCGCAUCCAUACGGGUGAAAAGCAAUUUCAGUGCCCUACGUACCCUCAGAGUUUCUCGCAUAAAAGCCAUUUGACCGUACACCUGCGCACCCACACGGGCGAGAACCCAUUUCAGUGCCCUUCAUGCACUCGGAGAUUUUCGCAGAAGAGUGCCAUGAAGCGACACCUGCGCACUCAUACAGGUGACCGACCACACCGCUGCACCGUCUGCUCCGUCUUUUGUGCGGGCUGAUGUCUUGAGUGAACAUAAAGAAAGAAAACACCGUGACACUGUAGAUUAAGUCAACGGCCAUGUUGAACUAGCCUGAAUUAGGAAUCUAUAGAACAGCAGCGGUAGUUAAAUGCUAGAGCACCUGCCUUGUGUGGUAGGUCCUGGGUUCGAAUCUCGGUGUAGCAGGAAAUGCACUGGUUUUUCAAAUGUGUUGAGAUGUACAACGACCUCGCGCUAGGUUGUUUAUGUGUGUUCUCUGAAAGGACUGAAAGGCACCCCUGAAAAGCCGGACUUCCCUGAAACGCCUCCCUUAGCUUAUAGCCGUGCUUCCUACCCACCGAGCCGCUGCUGCAGUCCUGACUUCUGACCUAUUUCACAGGCAGAUAUGCUACCUAGGUCUCGAUUGCAGGCCGUAUGCAUUUUUUAAUGGAAUCAAACUCGUUAUUUCGGGGAUAUUUGGCCGCACAUUGCACUCUCGGAGCCCCGCAAAGGUGUGACGCAAAAGAGCAAAAAUGGAGCUAGCAUCCAACCUAAACGGAGCGGCGGAGUCCGCAUCACCGUAGUUAUCAGCAUAAAUCAUACAUGAACGAUAGGAAUGCCAGAAUGCUUAUUGCCUAUUUGUGCCUGUAUAGCCUUCAUUCUUGCGUUCACUGCAGCUUAUAACAAUUCAUUCAUUCGUGUUCAUUCAUAGAUGUGUUGGCACCAUCCAUCAUUGCAUCGAUAGCAACCAUGAUUUCAUCCACAGCACUUGCGGCAAGCAGUAGUUUGGUUUUCACUCAGUAACAACGGUUGCGCACGCAAUGUCACAAACACAGCGGCAGCGGUCGAGGAUGAGCUCUGGCUACAUUGCGAUGGACAGACAAUCUGUUGGCGACCGACUCGGGGGCGGAAAAAUAAUUGGGAUGUCCACGUGGCGGUGAAAUGCGUGUCUUGAAUGGAAACGUGGCCGCCCUGCAAAGGAAGUCGCGAGGCCUUAGCUGCUGCGAGCACUGAUAAGUCAUGCAAUGACGAGAAUUGCUGCUUUCACACUGCAUUUCUGCAAAAUAGGAACAGGAUUUGCUGAUUCAUUCUGUAAAUAAAAGCAUGUUGCCCUAGUAAGCAUGUG